AUGAAUAAUAUUCGAUGCAAAGAUCAUCCAGAUAAUUAAAUUAUUUUCAUUACCUGGAACUCAACAAUCGUUAAAUUUAUUUGCGAUGAGUGUAUGGCAAUUGAUUUGUAAGAAGGAGAUUUAUUAUAAAAACAAUGUAAAAAAAUGGCAAUCAAGAAAGCCAUCAAGGAGCCAGAAUACUUUUUUACUUAAUUUUCUUUAGAUGAAAAAAACAAAACAUUUUUCAGCGCAUUUAAAAAAUUUCCGGAUGUUGAACUUAUGAAUAUAAUUGAAAAAACAAAAUAAAACAUACAAUAUAUAUAGUUAAUUUUAGAUUCAAUAAUGAAGGAAUUAUAAUCGGAGAUUAAUAAAUUAAUAAAUAAUAAAGAUAUUGUUAGGAAAUAACUAAAUAAAGUAUGAUAUAUUUAAAAAUAGGUUUCGCAAUAUCAAGAAUUUAAAGAAUUAAUUCAAAGUCUUAAUAAAAAAUAAAAAGUCACACAUGAUGCCGUAAGACAGAUAGAAAUCUAAUUAGAAAAAAUAUUUUUGGGUAUUGAAAAAAAUUCAUCCGAUUUUAAUUAAGAAAUAAAAAAGGCUUAAGAAAUAUCUAAAAUAGAUAAGGUUAAUGAUUUUCUAGGAAUAGAAUAAUUAAGACUGUAAAUAGAAUAAUUUAAAUAAAUAUCUGCCUUUUUUAUGCCAGUAUAAAAACCAAUUGUUCCUGAAGAAUAUUUUUAAUAUCUUCUAAAUAAAAUAAGUUUAGGUGCAAAAAAAUAAAUUAAAUUUACUGACAUCAUUUUCGAUUAAUAAAAAGAUAAUCUGAAUUCAAUAAAUUUUUGGAAUUGUGUUAAGGAUAAAGAAAACUUAUUAAUGAUUUUUAAAUCACAAAGUGGGAAUAUUUUUGGUGCCUACACUCCUAUAAAGUGGGUUUAUGAAGAUACGGAGAUAAUGGAUCAUUCAUGCAAUUCAUUUUUAUUUUCAUACACUCACAAAUCUAUACAUUAAAAUAAUAAGGGUUUUCAUGCGUUGAAUUUAUAAAAAUAUAAAGGUCCUUGUUUUGGAUAAAAGUAUCUCUCUAUAGAUUUUGAUUUAUAUAUUGAAGGUGAUUUUUAAAAAGGAUAUUCAAAUUUAGGAAAAGCAUAUACUAAAGAAUCCUCAUAAGAUUCUAAAACACAUUUAUUUGGACAAGAAACUCCAAAUAUAAUAUAAUGUCAGAUAUUUUAGAUAAUAUUUAAAUGA